ACGAAAACGCCGAUAAUAAGUCUAUAUAUGCAUAUAUAUAUAUCACCGUUUUUUUUUCCUGUUAUCGAAGAGAGCCAGAAACCGUUCUCUCGGUUUUGAGUCGUCAGUGCCGGUCAAAGUGUCAUCUGACCGGGAUAAACCGAAUGAAACUAAACAUGGAUGUUCAACAACAGAUUGUCGAAUUGAGAGAGAAGUUUUUCAAGAAACUUGAAGAUGAAAAUAUCUCCGAUGAGCGUUUUCAUCCACUGGACAUAUCCAGAAUAAAGAGCCAAGAUGACUGGUUGAAGAGGUAUUUGGAGCACAAUGAGUACAAUAUUCAAGAAUCGUUGAACAUGCUUUGGAUGAGCACAGAGUGGAGAAAAAAAGUUGGCGCAAACGAUAUUACAGAGGACAAUGUCAAGAGAGAAUAUCUCGAGGACGGAGUUUUUUUUGGCUAUGGAAAAGAUAAGGAUGGCAAAACUCUUUUUAUUAUUAAAUCCAAGCUCCACACCAAAGGAGGCAGAGACUUUGGGGAACUUCAGAGAUGCAUUAUUUAUUGGUUCGAAAGACUGCAGCGAGAGGGAAACGGUGAUCAAAUAUCUCUGUUUUUCGAUAUGGUGGAUGCUGGAUUAUCGAAUAUGGAUAUGGAACUAACAAAAUAUUUAAUAGGCCUUUUCAAGGAUUAUUAUCCAAACUUCUUGAACUACAUUAUAAUCUUAGAAAUGCCCUGGGUUUUAAACGCCGCGUUCAAGAUAAUUAAAUCGUGGUUGCCUGCAAAAGCCAUACCAAAAAUUAAGUUCGUCAACAAAGCCAACCUCAAAGAGUUCGUCGAUCCUGCGGACGCCCUUAAAUGUUGGGGUGGUACGAAUGAUUACGUUUUCUCAUUUGUGCCUGAAACAAGAUCCGGAGGUCCAGUGACAAAUGGUCAAGUGGAGAACAAAAAAGUCCAUUUCGAGGGUUCCCCGUUGACGGAAGAUGCUCCCGGCUCGUUCGGCGACCAAAACAACGAAGAUAAUUUAUUAUCGAUAACUCCCGACGUAAUAUCCAUGAUGAAAGUAGGAACAGAAAUCGUCGGGACAAUAGCAUUGAAGAACUUAACAACGGACAAGCAUUUAUCGUACAAAAUAAAAACGACAGCACCCGAAAAAUUCCGGGUUCGACGUAGUACGGGGACACUUUCGCCCGGUCAGUCAACCAACGUUACGGUUACUCUUCAAACGGGUUACAAUUUGCGUACAUUGUUGCAAAACAAGUUUUUGGUCAUGUGCGUUCCAAUGAAAGAUCCUCAGAUGACGACCGAAGAGUUGGCCGAAUUUUGGAAGACUGGUAGUCAAAACGCGGAGCUUCAUCGUAUUUGGUGUCGGGACGGAAUGACAGAGCCGACAUCGAUAUUGUCGUCGAAUGUGACUGGAAGUGAGAGAUCGUUGGAUACGUUAUUCACGAAAAUGAGUAAAUUGGAAGAGAAUCAAUCAAAGCUGCACAAAGAUCUCGUGACGAUGAAAAAUUUGUUGUUGCUGUCGAUCCUUCUGACGAUUUUCGCGGCGGUAUCGAUCGUCUAUAUUUUGGGAACGGAUGUGAGGGAACUCGCCGAAGAACAAAGUUGCCACAUUCACCGAGGAUAGCACAGAUCUUAUUGCGGAUGUUAGUCGCGGAGAGAAUAAAAAUGGUGAACAGAAAAUGGCAAUGUGGAGCUCUUCGAGAAGAAAAGAGAGUAGGAAAAAAGCAGUAAAGAUUCAUGCCAUUAUACGUUUUCGUUCGAUUCCGUGUAAAUAAUUUGUCUAAACUCGUCGAAUCAUUCCUUUUUAUAACAAACGAUUCCGACGAAUUUCAAGUCAUUUCAAUCCGUUUUUUUUGUCGUAUUCGUCCGUUAAUUAUUCAUCAACAAAACACAGGAGAGAAAAAACCAUUUGACACUAGCGCAAAAGAAAUAUUUGCCAAAAAUAUAGGAAAACAAACUUAGCUUUUUCUUAAAAAAGACCGAUUGAUCAUCAAUCGAGAAACAAACCUGCUUGAAAAUAUUUUUAUAAGCUUUUGUAUAACGUAUUCCUGAGACUAAACCUAUAUACAUAACAUAUAUAAGAAAAAGUUCUAUUAUAAUGUUACUCCAGUCGUAAAAAGGUGCACAACGUGUUUCGUCGAUUGCACGUUUUUCCAUUAUACAAAGUGCCUAUUCUCGUGCAUGCUUUCAUUUUUCGUUUAUUUUUUCCCUUCUUGCAAAAUUUACAAAAACGUUGAAUGUGAAUGAGAGAAAAAGAAACAUUGUCGCGUUUAUUGACGUUAUUCAUCGUUUGUCGCACGUUAUACUCAAUACUUAUUGUCCUUGAGACACGUUUAAACCUCGAGAUCGAAGGAUCUCUCUGUUAUUUCAUUUUCUUUAAAAAAACAAGAGAAAAAUAAUUAUGUUCGCAUAGAUAAUAUAUUUCAUUCUUGAAAUUAUUUAUGUUACGUCAAUGCCUAACCGGCCUAGAAAAGCGGACUUGCGUGGAGAAGUGUCCUAUUGUCAAAAAAGGACGGUUUCAUUUUUUUUUUAGUUUUUGUCCUGUUCGAUUGUUUCUUUCUGCAGAUCUGCCAGAAAUUGAGAAAAACUCCUGAUUCAUUUUCGUAACCAGGACGUAAUAAUAGUGGACAAACAUCGAAAUCCGUAUCUCUAACAAAGGGUGUUCGAAAAGAAAUAAAUUUUGCUCCUCAAUGGAAGUAAACCACAAUUGAAAAAGUCACUUGUCCAUUAUAACAUUGUGAACGUAUGGAAUUUUAGUUUAUUUUAUGUUGUGUUGGAACGAAGAAUUAAUACUAAUGAGGCAAUGGAGCAUUAAUAAAUAUAUAACAAAAAUAAUAACAUUAAUAAAUGAAGUAAUUGAGUCGCUUUGUUGAUUGUAAAAA